UGUGGUUAUCUGAUCUAACCUCAUUAUUUUCAAAAUCGGAGGGCAAUGUUAAAGUGUAAUAAUAAACUCAACUACAAUAGUUUUUGAAGAACGAAGUUAUUAAUUUGUCAAUAUGACGAAAGACCAAUUCAGACAAACAAAUGUUGCUAAAGCAAUUUCUGCUAUCAAGUUUUGUGUGGAGAGCCCUUCUGAUAUGGAAAGGCAAGCGCGUCUUGAGAUUUUCCAAUCUAAUAUGUAUGAUCAAGGACCAAGAACUCCGAUUCCUUAUGGUGUUUUGGAUCGAAAAUUGGGGAGCUUGUCAAAUGUAGAACAAUGUGGAACAUGUGGAAAGACAUUAACUGAAUGUUCAGGCCAUUUUGGUUUCAUAAAUUUGGAACUCCCAGUUUUUCAUGUUGGAUAUUUUAACCAUAUUUUACAUAUUUUGAGAUGUAUUUGCAAACAUUGUUCUAGAAUCUUAUUAAAAAAUGAUGAUAUAAUGUUAUAUGGAAAAAGAUUUAAAAAUCCAAAUUUGAGUUAUAUGGACAAGAAAAAGUUCCGUAAAAAAGUAGGAGACUUAUGCAAAAAGGUUAGGAAGUGUCCACACUGUUCACAGAUAAAUGGUACAGUUAAAAAAGCUCCUUCAUCGAAAGGAGGUGCAACUGGAUCUGUUUUGAAGAUAAUACAUGAAAUAAGCAAAGGAAAUGAGAAAACAGAAUAUGUUACGCAAGAAAUAGCAAAAAUAAAGAGUUGUACAACUUCAAAUCUAAAUCUUCAGACUUGUAUUGUAGAAUCACUUACUGAAAAUUUAACACCUAUUGAUGUCAAGGGUUUAUUUGAAAGAAUUACAGUAGAUGAUACAUUGUUACUUGGAAUGCACUAUGAUAGGUGUAAACCAGAAGAUUUGAUUUUAACACGUAUGUUGGUCCCCCCACUUGCAAUUAGACCAUCUGUGAUCUCAGAAUUGAAAGCAGGAACAAAUGAAGAUGAUUUAUCAGUGAAACAGUCAGAGAUAAUAUUCAUAAAUGAAUGUAUCCGAAAACAUAAAUUAUCUGGUGCGUCUUCUAAUAUGUUUCUUGAAGGUUGGGAUUUUUUACAACUUCAAUCAGCUCUCUUCUUCAAUAGUGAACUUUCUGGUGUUCCUCUAUCUAUGAUGCAGUCAAAGAAACCUGGCCGAGGCUUGGUUCAGCGUUUGAAGGGUAAACAGGGAAGAUUUCGAGGAAAUCUUUCAGGUAAACGUGUCGAUUUUACCGCAAGAACCGUAAUUUCACCGGAUCCUAAUUUGGAAAUUGAUCAAGUUGGCGUGCCCAAAUAUAUCGCAAAAAUUUUAACCUUUCCUGAAAUGGUAUUCCCUAAUAACAUAAAUGCAAUGAGGCGACUUGUCAUGAGAGGUCCUGAUAACUGGCCUGGAGCAAAUUAUAUUCAACAAAAAAAUGGCAUGAAAAAAUUUUUGAAGUAUGGCAACAGGGAAAAAUUAGCUCAUGAAUUGAGGGUUGGAGACUUGGUAGAAAGGCACCUGGAUGAUAAUGACGUAGUUCUAUUCAACAGACAGCCAAGUUUACACAGGUUGUCUAUCAUGUCUCAUAGAGUGAAGAUUCAUGAUAAUAGGACCUUGAGGUUCAAUGAGUGUUGCUGUAAUCCCUAUAAUGCUGAUUUUGAUGGUGAUGAAAUGAACUUGCAUUUACUUCAAACAGUAGAAGCUAAAGCAGAAGCUGAUAUUUUAUUGGGGAAUAAACAUAAUUUGGUAACACCUAGAAAUGGUGAAUUACUCAUAGCAGCAAUUCAAGAUUUCAUAACAGGAGCUUAUUUAAUAAGCAAAAAAGACACAUUUUUUGAUCAAUUUACUGCCACACAAUUAGCUGCUUCCUUAUUGGCUAGUAAAGAUAUGGACACUGAUGUAAAAUUGCCACCUCCAUGCAUAAUAAAGCCCAAGUGUUUGUGGUCUGGAAAACAGAUAAUAAGUCUUGUUUUCCGACCAAACGAAGAAGACCCUGUGAAAGCAAAUUUAGCUGCUCCAGGCAAAGGGGAUACAAAGAAAAAGGAAUUUUGUGAGAAAGAUACCUAUGUUUUGAUAAGAAACUCUGAUCUUCUUUGCGGCACACUGACCAAAUCUAAUUUAGGCAGUGGAGGGAAGGAGAAAAAUAUAUUUUAUAUUAUAUUGAAGGAUUAUGGUGCAGAAUAUGCCAUUAGAACUAUGUCUCGAUUAGCACGACUGGCAUCAUAUUAUUUAAUGAACACUGGUUUUUCUAUUGGUAUUGAAGAUGUAACACCUAGUACCCAUUUAUAUCAAAGGAGGACAUCUGUUCUCAACAGUGGAUAUAAGAAAUGUGAUGAAAUGAUAAAAGAUAUGAAAGAAGGUAAAUUACAAUGUCAACCAGGAUGCACCUCUGAAGAGUCUUUAGAGAGUAUGCUUCUCAAUGAAUUAUCUUCAAUAAGAGACUCUUGUGGACAGGUUUGUGUGGAAGAACUGCCUCCAAGCAAUGCUCCACUUAUCAUGGCACUUUCAGGAUCGAAAGGUUCUGUUAUUAACAUUUCGCAGAUGGUAUCUUGUGUAGCACAGCAAGCAGUUAAUGGUAAAAGAGUGCCAGACGGGUUCGACCUUCGUUCCUUGCCCCAUUUCUUAAAUUUGGAUAUGUCACCUGAAGCAAAGGGAUUCGUUGAAAAUAGUUUCUAUUCUGGUAUGAUUCCCACAGAAAUGUUUUUCCAUACAAUGGGUGGACGUGAAGGUCUUGUAGAUACAGCUGUUAAAACUGCAGAGACUGGUUAUAUGCAAAGAAGAUUAGUUAAGGUGCUUGAAGACUUGGUGGUCGCUUAUGAUAAUACUGUGAGAAAUGCUGAAAAGCACAUUGUUCAAUUAAGAUAUGGUGGAGAUGGCUUGGAUCCGACAUAUAUGGAAGGUAAUGGUGUUCCAGUCAACUUCGAACGAGUAUUGGCACAUAUUAAAGCAAAAUAUCCAUACAGGGAGGAGGCACCACUUACAAGUGAUGAAAUUAAAAGGGCUACUUCUGCAUUCCUAGCUACAGAUGCACUUAACGAAUGUAGUGAGGGUUUCAAAGACGACUUGAAGAAAUUCAUGAAGCAAAUUGAAGGAAAAGUUGAAAAGGUUGAAACAAAAUUUGGGGAUCUCAAGGUGGCAAAAGAGAUUGAAAGAUUGAGCUGCAGCCAACUAGUCGCGUUCCUUGAAACUUGUGGACAGAAAUACUUGAAAUCAAUUAUUGAACCUGGUACAUCUGUUGGUGCUCUCGCUGCUCAAAGUAUUGGAGAACCAGGUACUCAGAUGACUUUGAAAACAUUCCAUUUUGCUGGCGUUGCUAGUAUGAAUAUUACACAGGGAGUACCCAGACUGAAGGAAAUUAUGAAUGCUACUCCUAAUAUAAGCACUCCAAUUAUUCGUGCUGCCCUCACAGAUCCUAAUGAUUUUGAGCUUGCUAAAGCAGUAAGAAAUCGUAUUCAGAAAACAACAUUGCAGGAGAUUAUAGUCAAAAUGGUUGAAUGUGGUGGUAAAGGGAGAAGCUUAUUGAUAUUUAUCAAUUUAGAUUUCAAAAAAAUGCAUGAACUUGAAAUAAAUGCAGAUACUGUUAAGUAUAGCUUGUGCAUGUCCAAGUUGAAAUUGAAGUCGAAUGAAGUAAAAGUUGAAAGUCAAACUAUUAUCUCAAUUCAGUUGGACAAUAGAAAUAAGAAGAGAUCCAUACUUUUUAACAUGAGUGACUUGCUCAUUGCUUUGCCACAAGUUAUGAUUCAAGGUUACCCAACUGUGAACAGAGCUGUAGUUGCUAAUGGGGAUGACGGUACUUACAAUUUAUGUGUUGAAGGUAACAAUUUGAGGGAAGUCUUGGCUACAUAUGGAGUAGAUGGUCGAAAAACUACGUCUAAUAAUGUUAUGGAAGUUUAUAAAGUAUUGGGUAUUGAAGCAGCAAGGGAAACAAUAAUGAAGGAAAUAGAAAUGGUUAUGGAGAAUCAUUCUAUAAGCGUUGAUCAUAGGCAUAUUAUGUUGUUAGCUGCUCAAAUGACACAUACAGGUGAAGUUUUAGGGGUAACAAGGCAUGGUCUAGCAAAAAUGAAAGAAUCUGUUUUUAAUUUGGCUUCGUUUGAGAAGACCUCAGAUCACUUAUUUGAUGCUGCCUAUUAUGGACAAAUAGAUCCUAUAAAUGGGGUUUCAGAAAAUAUCAUAGUAGGAGCUGAAGCACCUGUUGGAACUGGAACAUUUAAACUUAUACAAAAAUCAAGUUAUGAACAUCCUGAACCUGAUAUUACAGAUACACUUCUAUUUGCCAAUGAAAAAUAAAAAAAUGUAUAUAUUUUUCAAUUUAUAUUAUAAAUAAAUAUUUCAACAUUU